CUUCCGCUUCUACUGCAGCUCCCGCUUCAGAAGAUCCAUCGCGCCGGCGCUUCGCUUCCUCGGAGAGAGGGGGCGGUGGCCGGUGGGCAACGAGGCGUUUCCGCGCGUGUGGGUGUAUUUGACGCCGCCCUCCUCCGACUCGUAGUUGGUAUUGCGCUGUCGAAUUGGAAACCGACAGAAUUUCGUGAAUCUCGCUGCCAUAUAUGCCACGCAAUGCCAGAAUUAGAUCGGUUCGACGUAUCAUCUGGUGCUGAAGUUCCAGAGUCGUCGGAGAUCGAGCAGCCAGUUGAAACGACCGUGAGCAGCAGAAUCAUGGCCCCGGACCAGAGCGACGACGUCGGCGGCGGGGUGGAUCGCAUCAGCGGCCUCCCCGACGACAUCCUCCGCUGCAUCCUCGUCGGGCUCCCGUCCACCGCCGACGCCGCGCGCACCAGCGUCCUCUCCCGCCGCUGGCGCCACGUCUGGGCCCACCUGCCCGAGCUCGCCCUCCGCUACGGCAACCGCGUGGACCGGCUCCGCGCGCACGAGCUCAUCGACGCCGCCAUGGGCGCGUACUCCGCGCCGACCGUCCGCCGCCUGGAGAUCGCGACGCCCUUCGGCUCGCGCGACGUCACCGCGGAGCGCGCCUCGUCGUGGCUGCGGUUCGCCUCGCGGCGCCUUGCGGGUCGGCUCAAGCUCUCGCUGCCCCACCCCGACCUAGCGCCGGACAAGGAGGGGAAGAUCCUGCUCCCCGUCUGCGAGCGGGUCACGGCGAUCGACAUGGAGUACGUGGGCCGCGCCCUGCGGUUCCAGCCGCUCCCCGCCGGCGGCUCGGCGUUCGCGGCGCUGGCCACACUGAGGAUCACGGACGCCCGCGUGGACGGCCGCGAGCUGGAACACGUCCUGUCCUCACGCUGCCCACGCUUGAAGGAGGUCGUCCUGGAGUGGGUCAGCUUCAGCCUGCGGGACGGAGACGACGAUGCGGCUGCUGUCCUCUCCAUCCGCUCCGGCUCGCUUCAGCGGCUCCAGAUGGCCAGCGGCCGCGAACUCGGCGGCGUGCUCCGGGUUGACACGCCAGAGCUCCGGGUGUUGACACUACGGCGCAUCUCCUGCAACGACGCUUACAUCGCUGCCCCAAAGCUUUCGGAGCUGUACUGGUUCCCGCUGUUCUACGUUCCGAGCCGUCACCGUUUUGCGGAGGCCGGACGCCAUCUACGGCGGAUGGAGGUCACCACGGGCUCUCCAUCCAUGGCGCUGAUGAACCGGUUCAACAUCGUCGACGAACUAAAAGUGACUCUCUCCGUACCACAGGGCGCACGCCAGUACGAGAAGCUCCUGGAGGACACGAAUAGACUUUCCAAGUGUGAGGUUUUGGUGCUGAAAUUUGAGGCGGUAAAGCAUGACUUGAAGCCAAUAAUGGUGCAUCUUCUCCAGCAAUGUGCUGGCAUAAGAGAGCUUGUGGUGGAAUUCCCUUUCAAGAUGGCACGUGCAUAUCUAAACAACAAUUCAAUUUCUAUUAGAUGUCCAUUGGAUUACUUAAUUUGUUGUUCUACAACGGCAAGUCGGAAAGACAUGAAACCAUGCCACACAAAUACCGUUCAUCAAACAAGAGCAUGCUUGUAUACAUCUAUUGGUUAAAAAAUCAUGAGUUCUUAGAUAGAUUGUCUAACACACGAGGCGAGCUCUAGCAUACGGUUCCUGAUGAAUCGAAUGCUGCACAUCUAGUAGGUUGUCUAAUGCUCCAGUAUACUGUAUUUGUUAACUAUAAAUUGCAUCAUCUUUGUUGUUUUCAGGGUGAUUAUCCUUGCAAGCUAUCGCGGUGCCCCUGCAAGCGGCUGGAGAAUACCAAGACAGACCGCAUCGUGCUGCAUUCACUCGAAGAAGUACGAGUAAAGGGUGGCGGAGAAGCAGACCACAAAGCUGAACUCGUGAGGAUGUUGUGCGAAUGCCAUGCGGCGUUCAAGAAAAAGGUCUCCUUCUCCGUACGAGGAGGCGCUCACACGCGCGGGAAGAUCCGCAGCUUUGUUCCUCCAGAUGAUAGAUAUGAUAUCACUGUGUGGGAAUGAGUGAUUGAAAUCACUGUAUCAGGGUGUGUUUGGUUAUGAUCCUGGAUGGAGUGGUUCAA